AUGCCCCCCACCCAGCCCGACAGGGCCAUCGAUCGCGAAGAGCGCGAGGGUCUGCGCGCCAUUCGCAUCUUUCUCAAGGCCCGGACCAGUUACGAUGUCCUCCCGCUUAGUUUCCGCCUCAUAAUCUUCGAUACCUCCUUGUCCGUCAAGGAGUCUCUAAAUAUCCUCAUCCAGAAUGGCAUCGUCUCCGCGCCGUUAUGGGACUCCAAGUCCUCCACCUUCGCCGGUCUGCUGACCACCUCCGACUACAUCAAUGUCAUUCAGUACUACUUCCAGAACCCUGCCGCCCUGGAUCAGAUCGAUCAGUUCCGAUUGGAUAGUCUCCGAGAGGUCGAAAAAGCGCUAGGCGUCGCGCCUCCAGAGACCAUCUCCAUCGAUCCCGAACGCCCCCUGUAUGAGGCCUGUCGCCGCAUGCUGCAGUCCCGCGCCCGUCGCAUUCCCCUCGUCACCAACGACAGCCAGACCGAUCGAUCCCACGUCCUCAGCGUCGUCACCCAGUACCGCAUCCUCAAGUUUGUCGCCGUCAAUGUCAGCGACACGCAGCGGUUGCGCAAAUCGUUGGGGGAGAUCCUCCUGGGCACCUACGACAACGUGGCCACCGCCUCCAUGGAUACCCCAGUCAUCGACGUGAUUCAUAUCUUUGUGGAACGAAGCAUAUCCAGCGUGCCGAUCCUGAAUUCCGAAGGUGUUCUCUACAAUGUUUUUGAAGCGGUCGACGUGGUGACCCUGAUCAAAGGUGGGGUGUACGAUGAUCUGAGUCUUACGGUGGGCGAAGCGCUGAAAAAGCGAUCUCCGGACUUCCCCGGAAUCUACACAUGCUCGUUGAAUGAUGGGCUGGACACCAUCUUCGACACCAUCCGCAAAUCCCGCGUGCACCGACUGGUCGUGGUAGACGACAACUUCCGGCUGAAGGGCGUCCUCACUCUCAGCGACAUCCUGGAAUACAUUCUCCUCGAGGGUGAAAGUGACGAGUCAUGGCGGCCUCAUUAAAGAAAGCUCAGGCGUACAAAUUGCAUGGGAAUGGCGUUCUUCGAGUAGCUUCCAGUCUCUGGCUGGCAGCGGACUAUGUGUUCCACAGCGGGUUAUUGUGAAUUGAAAAGAUAAGCAAAGAAGGCAUGGUACGGUACGGUUGAUCUACCGGAUGGGGACCGCACCGAUCAUGACCUAGCAUUGGCGUUUGGCUUGAAAUAGAC